CGCCGGCCGCGGUGGGGACCGGGGGAGGGGAAAGAUGGCGGCGAGGCUGAGCGGCGGGGAGAACCGGCUGGUAUCGCUGCCCCUGUCGCGGAUCCGCGUGAUCAUGAAGAGCUCGCCGGAGGUGUCCAGCAUCAACCAGGACGCUCUCUUCCUCACUGCCAAAGCCACGGAGCUUUUUGUCCAGUACUUGGCUACAUACUCCUACAAACACGGCAGAGGCAAGGAGAAGAAUGCUCUGACUUACAGUGACCUGUCUCAUACUGCAGAAGAGUGCGAGACCUUCCAGUUCCUUGCAGAUAUCUUGCCAAAGAAGAUCCUAGCUAGCAAAUACCUAAAAAUGCUUGAAAAAGAGAAGCGAGAUGGAGAGGUAGGGGAAGAUGAUGAAGAGGAUGAGGACGAAGAGGAUGAAGAUGAAACUGUUGAUGAAGUUGUUGGAUCUUAAGACCAACAGAGAAUUGCUUCAUAGUUGAUAACUGUAAAGGAUGCUACUUUUGUGACUGGAAUCCAGAUGCUGGAUAUAUUUAUAUACUGAGCCAUCUGUUUUUUUUUUUUUUUGUUUAGGAAGUUUAGAAAUUGAACUUUAUAUGUGUUGAAGAAUGGAAUUCUUCCGUCAGAAACAUGGCAGGCUAAGAAGAGAUAAUGUGGAUCUGGCAGCAGAGCUUGCUCAGAUCAUUUAAAAUUGCUUUUUCAGACAAUCAUUGUUUGAAUUUAACACUUUUUACAGGCAGCUUUCAGUCCAAAAGCUCUUUCAACCUCUGACCAGAAGGGAGUCCUUCCACAGUUUGUGUUUUGCCUCAGAAGAUGAGGCGAAGGGAGUUAUUUUACACAGUGUCUGUUGUCCUUGGCCUUCUCAUCCCUGGGGAGCUGGUAACACAUCAGUGCCUGCCUCAUUUUUCUGGAGCAGUGCACAGCGUUAGCAGUGGACCAAGCCCAUUAAAAAAUGUCUUCCACAAAAUUGGCUGCUUCUGUAAUGCUGUGUCAGCACCGAAACAGGGUAGAGGAUGAUAUAGAUCCCUUCCAAGAGUAAACGUGGUUCUGCGGCUGCGGUGGUACAAAGUCUGUGUGUUAGAUGAUGAUGUAAAUACAUUCAUCUAGAGCCUUUGCCUCCAAUGAACUCUGCUUCUGCAGUCUGUCUAUCAUGUUCUACCAAAGUGCACCACUGAAGUCUGUUAAAUGUGGAUCGUUGAGAAGAACAAACCUCGUACCAUUUGAGUGACAGAGCUGGAUUUUCCAUGUGGGUUUGGUUUUGGGUUUUUUUUACUAUAGAAAUGGUAACCAUCCUGGGUAGAACUUCAUAUGCAACUUCUAAAAAUAAAUAUUUUAUAUAAAAAGUG